AUGAGGGCUCAGAAAAAAACCACACGUACAUGUCCAACAAGCAGGAAAAACGGAUUUUCUUAUUUUCCUGUUGCAUUUUUUGCUGAUCUGGGUGGUGUAGAGGGGUUAAAAACAACGUCAGACGUUUAUGAGGUUAAAAGCAAUAAUAAUAGUGGUUAUGGUUACGGUUGCUCUCAUAAAAGAGAAAAACCAGAAAUAAUAGUAUGUCAUUAUGUCAGUAUAACCGUAACAUUGCUCUCUUUUCAGGCCCUUUACGCUGUUGGAAAUUUCAGUUCCUCGGUGGAAUCAUCUCCUCGGAUACUGAAGAAGCCUCCUCCACCUCAGAAAGACGCUCUCCAUGCGUUAACACAACGCGGCCAUGACUCCGUCUACCAGAAAGCACACGCAUCCGAGAGCAACGACGAGCUCACGGCGCCGGUGGACGUAGCCGGACUGAACCGCAAAGUCCGCCGUGAAAAAGCUUCAAUGGGGAGUCUGAAACGAGCCAGUGCCGACGUGGAGCUCCUGGCACCCCGAAACCCCAUGGGUAAAGAGACCAUGCUGACUUUUAGCAACACGCUUCCCAGAGCGAGCGCUAACGCAAACGGCACAGAAGAACCUGCGCAGCGACACAUGACAUUCCAUGUUCCUUCGUCCAAACAACUGGUAUCCGAGUGGAAGCAGAAAUCUCUGGAAAUGCGGAGUUUGAGCUUGAGGGAGAACGGCCAACAAGGCAGCUCCAUUGAUGUAGUGGAAGAAACAAAUGAAGAGUCCAAGGAGAACUUGGACAUGGACUUGUCCACUUCCUUGUAUCCCAGUGUUCAGGCAGCGGCGGCCAACAGAGUCUCAAUUCCCCAAAGACCUGGUGCUCCACAGCUGGUCCACAUCCCAGAAGAAGCUUCUAAACCUCCACCUGUCUCUCCUAAAAGUGCCACAACUAGAGCCAAAUGGCUUUCCAUGAUGGAUAAAAGUCCAGUUCCGGCAGCAACACCGGAGCCACCUCGUCUCCCAAACAAGCCGCUGGUCAUGCAAGUCACGUCCACUCCAAAGUCUUCCGAGACAGCCUCAUCUUGUGCCACGUCAAGCAUCGCCUCGAGCACUGAGUCGCCAUAUUUCCGCAUGCCAUCCGAGCGAGACUCGUGCAGCAUCGUCACCGUCGAUGCCCACGCGCCUCAUCAUCCUGUAGUCCGUCUGUCUUCGGUGAGCUCUAACACCUGGGAUUGGAGGAGCAGCACCAACGGAAGCACAGAAGUCCAAGAAACCAGUCGAACCAUGCCCAGGAAAGAGUACCGAUCUGCUAAAACAGACAUGUUCGGCUCAGAACCGCCACCACACCCAGAUCUGGUGCCACAAUUCCACCGAAAACCUUCUAUACCCACCAAGGAGUGGGAUCCCGGACAGCCGCAUCCGGAACCGGACCAUUUCUUCAAGAACUUGCACUUGAGCCAACGAUUUAAAGACGCAAACCUUUAAAAGAACGAAACUAUGGCUGAGACUCAAGACCAGAGUCUUGAACGUGUACCAACGAAUUAAAGUCAGGCCUUCAAAGCAGUAGAAGAAUUGAGGAAAUGCUUUUGUAUAGUGGACGGGGUUCGAUGUGAAACAGUCAUGUAUUUUAGGGAAGUGGGGAAAAGGAAUAUUCUUGGUUCUCACACUUCUACAGCAGGCGACAACUUUAAGAACAAAGAUGGACUAGACUUAUUUCUUCUUUCUACCAGUCGGGGUUCAGUGAGAAUACGACAUUUAUAUUAGGGACGCAAGAAACCGGGAAUGGGCAGAGGUGCUGGUUAAACUGGACAGAGAUCACGUCUUUAAAUUUUGAGAACCGAGACCGGUUCCUGUUCUCUUGAAGGUAGGGUUUUAUGGGAUUGCGUCACGCGUAUUAGGGAUGCAAGAAAAGCAAGAUGGUUGAACUUAAUGAGUUCAUUUUUUCAUAAGGAGCGUCUCACCCGGGUCUUUAGAUCAGCUGAAGUUGUUUCAUCACUUCAUAGUGUGCCUGAGGGAAGAACGCAAGACUAGGGAAACAGCAGCUUAAAGAUGGAAGUGUUUAAAAGAACAAAAUUCUGGCCAAGAGCUUUCUUUAUUCCUCAGCAGGAGGCGUUCAGUAUUUAAAUGUCGUGUCUCGUAGGGAGUUGAGGGGGAAAAGACAGUUUUGGUAAAGAACACCCCGGUAAAGUCUCCCUACAAGGAGUGUGAACAUUGUAUAUUAGGGGAAAAACGUUCUGCGAUUUAAAGACUUAAAGAUUUUCCGUUUCCUGAGGCAGUGGCGUUGACUGUGAAUAUGUUGUGUAUUUUAGGUAAGAAUACAUCGAUACUGAUACUGAUAUACUAAAGCUAAAUAAAUUGUCCCAUCACACCCCUGAUUGAUAAAUAUUUCAUAUGUGGAUCAGUUCACGUUGGUAUUCAUGAGAACCAAAUGAACAUGUGCUUGU